AUCAGACACAUGCUGAGAGUGAAAAUUGAAACUCCCACAAAUGGUUAAAUUUGAUUUUCACAAAAAAUAGAAAAGAAAAAAAAGAAGAAGAGAGAUUUCAAUUGAUCUGAAAUCUCUAAUCAUAGAAUCUUUCUAUUUAGAUUUCAACAUUUGAAAGAGAGAAAUAUUAGGAGAAAUUGAAGUUGGUGACACUAUCGGUUGAAAAAAUAGUCAACUUGAGAAAAGAUGACACCACCAUCUCUCCUCUUUAUAAUCCCCUUUGUUCUCUUCUCCAUCAAACUGCUGCAAAAACAGAACUUAGAAGAAACCCCUCCCUUGAACCUUUUUAACGAUCUCCAGAAAUGAACUCAAUGGAUUACUCUGUCGCAGAAAUGAGUUGUGUUCUUAAUGCAAGUGUUCAAUGUGAAGCAUGCAAAGCAAAAAUCCAAGAAAUUCUACAAAACAUCUAUGGUUUCUCUCUUUCACUCUCCCCUCCUUAUCUAUUUCUCCUCUUUCCCUCUGUUUCUUAUUUCUUGUUGUUUUUUUUAUUAGGUAUUUACACAAUCACAAUGGAUUCAGAUGAUGGAUCAGUCAGAAUCUGUGGAAGAGUGAAUCCAAGAACAUUCUUGAAAGUAAUUGAAAAAUCAGGCAAACAUGCAGAGGUGAGAAGUAUAAGAUUUGAUGGUGAAGCUGGAGAUAGAAGAUAUUACCCUUCUUUUGGAGAAGAUACUACCAAUCAUUCUUCAUACUCAAACCCUUAUCAUAGCUAUAAUGAACAAUCUCAUUGGUUUGACAGAUCUUACCCCAACCUACAGCGGCCGCAGCCAUAUCCUUGGCAAUUAAUGCUACCACAGCCGCAGCCCCAACCUGUGCCAUGGCCAAUGAUAUGGCCGGGAUGGCCGCAUCCUGAUAAUCAAUACCUUGACGGAAACCAAGAUAACAAUCAGAGAUGUUGUACGGUUAUGUAAGAGUUUUGAAAAAGAUUAAAUGUAGAAACUAUUAAUGAUCACUCAAUAUAUGAAUGCAAUAGUUUCUUCCUUCGUUUCUUGAA